ACCAGUAUUUCUUUUUUUUUUCAUUUGGUCGUAGGGGUUUGACCCACCACAUCAGAGUGAUACAAGGACUAUUUACAUAGCCAACAGGUUUCCUCAGAAUGGCCUUUACACACCUCAGAAGUUUAUAGAUAAUAGGAUCAUUUCCUCUAAGUAUACUGUAUGGAAUUUUGUUCCAAAAAAUUUAUUUGAGCAAUUCAGAAGAGUGGCAAACUUUUAUUUUCUUAUUAUAUUUUUGGUUCAGCUUAUGAUUGAUACACCUACCAGUCCGAUUACCAGUGGACUUCCAUUAUUCUUUGUGAUAACGGUAACCGCCAUAAAGCAGGGGUACGAAGAUUGGUUGCGACAUAACUCGGAUAAUGAAGUGAACGGAGCUCCUGUUUAUGUUGUUCGAAGUGGUGGCCUUGUAAAAACUAGAUCAAAAAACAUUCGGGUGGGUGAUAUUGUUCGAAUAGCCAAAGAUGAAAUUUUCCCUGCAGAUUUGGUGCUUCUGUCUUCAGAUCGACCUGAUGGUACAUGUCAUGUCACCACUGCUAGUCUGGAUGGAGAAACCAACCUGAAGACACAUGUGGCAGUUCCAGAAACAGCAGUAUUACAAACAGUUGCCAAUUUGGAUACUCUCAUAGCUGUGAUAGAAUGUCAGCAGCCAGAAGCAGACUUGUACAGAUUCAUGGGACGGAUGAUAAUCACUCAGCAAAUGGAAGAAAUUGUAAGACCCCUGGGGCCAGAGAGUCUCUUGCUUCGUGGAGCCAGAUUAAAAAACACAAAAGAAAUUUUUGGUGUUGCUGUAUACACUGGGAUGGAAACUAAAAUGGCAUUAAAUUACAAGAGCAAGUCACAGAAACGGUCCGCAGUAGAAAAGUCGAUGAAUACAUUCUUGAUAAUUUACCUAAUAAUCCUUAUUUCUGAAGCCAUCAUCAGUACUAUCUUGAAAUACACAUGGCAAGCCGAAGAAAAAUGGGAUGAACCUUGGUAUAACCAAAAAACAGAACAUCAGAGAAAUAGUAGUAAGAUUCUGAAAUUUAUUUCAGACUUCCUUGCUUUUUUGGUACUCUAUAAUUUCAUCAUUCCAAUUUCACUAUAUGUGACAGUCGAAAUGCAGAAAUUUCUUGGAUCAUUUUUCAUUGGCUGGGAUCUCGAUCUCUAUCAUGAAGAAUCAGAUCAGAAAGCUCAAGUCAAUACUUCAGAUCUGAAUGAAGAGCUUGGACAGGUGGAGUAUGUGUUUACAGAUAAAACUGGUACGCUGACAGAAAAUGAGAUGCAGUUUCGGGAAUGUUCAAUCAAUGGCAUAAAAUACCAAGAAAUCAACGGUAGACUUCUGCCCGAAGGACCAACACCAGACUUUUCAGAAGGAAGUUUAUCUUACCUUAGCAGCUUGUCCCAUCCUAACAACUUAUCACAUCUUACAACCAGUGCUUCUUUUAGAACCAGUCCUGAAUAUGAAAUGGAACUAAUUAAAGAACACGAUCUCUUCUUUAAAGCAGUCAGUCUCUGUCACACGGUGCAGAUUAGCAACGUUCCGACCAAUGGCAUUGGGGAUGGUCCCUGGCAGUCCAGCCUCACGCCCUCCCACCUGGAGUACUAUGCAUCGUCUCCAGAUGAGAAAGCCCUGGUGGAGGCUGCUGCGAGAAUUGGCGUUGUAUUUAUUGGCAGUUCUGAAGAAACUAUGGAAGUUAAAACACUUGGAAAACUGGAACGGUACAGGCUGCUUCAUAUUCUGGAAUUUGAUUCAGAUCGUAGGAGAAUGAGUGUGAUUGUUCAGGCACCGUCAGGUGAGAAGCUUUUAUUUGCGAAAGGAGCUGAAUCAUCAAUUCUCCCUAAAUGUAUAGAUGGAGAAAUAGAAAAAACCAGAAUUCAUGUAGAUGGAUUUGCUUUGAAAGGGCUAAGAACUCUAUGCAUAGCGUAUAGACAGUUUACACCUAAAGAAUAUGAGAUAAUAGACAGACGCCUAUUUGAAGCCAGGACUGCCUUGCAGCAGCGGGAAGAGAAGUUGGCAGAUGUCUUCCAGUUCAUAGAGAAAGAUCUGAUACUACUUGGAGCUACAGCGGUGGAAGACAGGCUACAAGAUAAAGUUCGGGAGACAAUUGAAGCCUUGAGAAUGGCUGGCAUCAAAGUGUGGGUCCUCACUGGAGAUAAACACGAAACAGCCGUCAGUGUCAGUUUAUCGUGCGGACAUUUCCACAGAACCAUGAACAUCCUUGAGCUUAUAAACCAGAAAACGGACAGUGAGUGUGCUGACCGACUGAGGCAGCUGACCAGAAGAAUUACAGAGGAUCAUGUGAUUCAGCACGGGCUGGUCGUGGAUGGGACCAGCCUGUCUCUUGCACUCAGGGAGCAUGAGAAACUAUUUAUGGACGUUUGCAGAAAUUGCUCAGCUGUACUGUGCUGUCGUAUGGCACCGCUGCAGAAGGCAAAAGUAAUAAGACUGAUAAAAAUCUCACCUGAGAAACCUAUAACAUUGGCUGUUGGUGAUGGUGCUAAUGAUGUAAGCAUGAUACAGGAAGCACAUGUUGGCAUAGGAAUCAUGGGUAAAGAAGGAAGACAAGCUGCAAGAAACAGCGACUAUGCAAUAGCUAGAUUUAAAUUCCUCUCCAAGUUGCUUUUUGUUCACGGUCAUUUUUACUAUAUUAGAAUAGCAACCCUUGUACAGUAUUUUUUUUAUAAGAAUGUGUGCUUUAUCACACCCCAAUUUUUAUAUCAGUUCUACUGUUUGUUUUCGCAACAGACACUGUAUGACAGCGUGUACCUGACUUUGUACAAUAUUUGUUUCACCUCCCUACCUAUUCUGAUACACAGUCUUUUGGAACAGCAUAUAGACCCUCAUAUAUUACAGAGCAAGCCAGCUCUCUACCGAGACAUUAGUAAAAACCGCCAUCUAAGCAUUAAGACAUUCUUUUAUUGGACCAUCCUGGGUUUCAGCCAUGCCUUCAUUUUCUUCUUUGGAUCCUAUUUUCUAUUAGGGAAAGAUAUAUCUCUGCUGGGAAAUGGCCAGAUGUUUGGAAACUGGACGUUUGGCACCCUGGUCUUCACCGUCAUGGUGAUCACAGUCACAGUGAAGAUGGCUUUGGAAACUCAUUUCUGGACCUGGAUCAAUCACCUUGUAACCUGGGGCUCUAUUAUAUUUUAUUUUGUGUUUUCCUUGUUUUAUGGAGGGAUUCUUUGGCCAUUUUUGGGGUCCCAGAAUAUGUUCUUUGUAUUUAUUCAGCUCCUAUCAAGUGGUUCUGCUUGGUUUGGCAUAAUCGUCAUGGUUGUUACAUGUCUAUUUCUUGAUAUUGUAAAGAAAGUAUUUGAACGACAGCUCCAUCCUACAAGUACUGAAAAGGCACAGCUUACUGAAACAAAUUCAGGCAUCAAGUGCUUGGACUCCGUGUGCUGUUUCUCAGGAGGGGAAGCAGCGUGCACAUCUGUUGGAAGAAUGCUGGAGCGAGUAACAGGGAGAUGUGGCCCAGCCCCUGUCAGCAGAUCUUGGAGUGGAUCGGAGCCUUUCUGUACCAACGACAGGAGCUUUCUGACUCUCUCCACAAUGGACUCGUCUACUUGUUAAAGGGCCAGUAGCGCUUUGUGGGAGACAUUUCACCUCCUUUCCUAAAAUUCAGUGUGAUGAACCUUUCAGGGGCCAUGCUGGCUCCGCAAUAUUUCUUCCCGAAGUCUCUGGAGAGUUCAUGCCCAGUCAGAGUUGCAAUGGCAAACGAAGCAUUAACAUGAGCUGCUCAGGCUGCCCUGGAUUUGAAUCUGAACAUGUUAAAAUUUGUCAGAAAGGAGACAUUUUCCACGUCUGUCUGGACUGUCCCUCUUGCUUUGGGACUCCUAAUGGCAUUUCGGAGCCCUGGUGGCACAGUGGUUAAGAACUUGACUGCUCACCAAAAAGUCGGCAGUCCGAUUCCACCAGCUGCUCCUUGGAAACCCUAUGGGGCAGUUCUACCCUGUCCUCUGGGGUCACUAUGAGUCGGAAUCGACUCAACAGCAACGGGUUUUUUUUUUUUUUUUAAGGCAUUUCAGCCCAUUGCUGAGGCCACUGUGUUUAAUAUCAAAGUAGUAAAGGGAGAAAACUAACUCCCAGUUCUGUGUAUUUUUUAGCUCAGUUACUGACUCUUCUAUUUAAAUCUGCUUCUGUAAAUUAUGCUGAAAAGUUUGCCUUGAAAACUCUAUUUUUUUAUUAGAGUUCUAUUUGAAGCUUUUCCUGGGAAAAGUUGAUGUGAAUAGUGAGGAAUUUUGGUCCCUCCAUGACCCAUGUUGUUAAUUCACAGAGCACCUGAGGGGAAUGCAUUUCCAUCCAUCACUUACUGCAGUGUGGGUGGAAAACAGACCAGUUCCAGCCUUCUCUGAGUGCACUGUAAUACAGCCAGUAAAGUUAGCCAUGCAAAGGCGAAGGUGCCUGCUAUCUUAUAUAUAAAUCAGGAAUCAGAUCCAUUCACCAAAUUUCAAACUGAUGUUUACUAAUAAUAUUUUUGUGGCAGAAUAUGAAGAACCUACAGUGGGUAAAUUAGAUACCAUUAGCAUAUUAUUAAUUUAAUAUGUUCAUUGAAUUUUCUGCAUGCUUUAAUCUGGUUAAUAUAUUUAAAUUUGCUUUUUUUUCCCCCUUUCUUAUUUAUCCUGAAGGCUCUGUUUAUGGUACUUUAUGAUGAUGUUGUAAAGUUCAAAUAUAUCAAUAAAAACAAGUUUGGACAGUA